GAAUGGCAAAGUAGGCAGAGUUUUUUUCGACAGCCUUUUUUUGUUGUACAAAUUUCAUUUCACGCUCAAUAAACGGACUACGGGAAGCGAGAAUACUUUAAAUAUACUCUUGGUCUCCCAGAAAAGUGAAAUACCAUAAUAUGGAUUCCCGUUACGGGAGAGGCUUCUCAGGAGGAGGCAGUGGCAAUGACAAUGUCGGUGGAGGCGUUGACCACCGUGAGAGUCAAUACAGACGCUACAGUCGAUCCCGCUCACGUUCACGUGACAGGAACCGAGACUACAAACGUCACAAUUCGCGUUCGCGCAGCCGCGAGCGUUCCUCCCAUUACAAUAGGCAUGCCGGGGGCAGUGGCAGUGGCAGUGGCAGCCAAGACAAGGAUCUCUAUCGCGACCUGAUCGACGACGACUACCAGGGGGAGCGGAGCUACAACUCGCGCAAUCGCAACGAGGACAACUAUGACCGUCGCGAGCUGUUGAUGCUGUUGUUAGCGCUGGUGGCCACCUUCUUGAUACUCGCCGUCAGCGCCCUUGCUCCCUUGAGGCUGAUGCUAGCGCCCUUACUCGCGUUGUUCACUCUGGACCUAACACAACUUGCGUAA